AAAUUUCCAAAACAAGUAAUUCAUUUUGUUGAUAUUUCAGUUUCAAUUCAAAAACAGUUUUUAGAUUAUUUCGAGUCUUUUUCAAAUAAAUUAUUGGCUUUAUUUUUUUCCUCUUUUAAAGAAGUUAUAUUAAUAGAUACCGACACAAUUCCUUUAAUUAACCCUGAUCUAUUUUUUGAAUCAAAUCAAUAUAAAUCCUCCAAAUCGUAUUUUUUUAGAGAUCGUGAGUUAAAUCAUAAAUUUCCAAUCAAUACUAAAAAAUUUUUUUUAAAUUUAUUUCCAAAUUAUAAUGAUACUCAUUUUUUUGAUUUCAAUCAAAUUAAUUGUAAUUUUUCAAGAAUCUUAGGUAAUCCGAGUUUUAAUCACAACAUGGAAAGUGGGAUAGUAGUGCUUGACAAAUAUAAAUAUUUCAAUGGAAUUUUAUUAUCAUUAGUUUUACAAUUCUGGAGACCAAUUACUGCCAACAUUCAUGGUGAAAAGGAAUUAUACUGGUUAAGCCAAUUGAUUGUUGGUAACGACCAAUUCCAAUUUAAUAAAAAUUAUGCAGUCUCUAUUGGUAAAUUAUCUCCAACAACAAAUGAGUUUUCAAAAAUAAAAGCAAAUGAAUUAUGUUCAACUCAUCCAGGUCAUAUAUCUGACGAUAAUGCUACUUUAUUGUGGUUCAAUUCAGGAUUUCUAAACUGCAAAAAUUGGAAUACUUGGGAAGUUGAUUUUCAGUAUGAAUUAGAAUCCGGCUUGCUUGACAAUAACCCCGAUAUUCAAAAAGAUGAUCCUUUUACUUUAAUUAAAUAUUAUACUGACCCAUUAAGAAUUGACGCAUUCUUAAUUCCAGCAAGAGGUAUUAACGAUGAAGUUCAUAUAAAUACACAAGAUCAUUAUGAGCCAAGCACUAACUGGAUAAAAACUAAAAGAUGUAAAAGUUAUCUUUGGUGCGCUUAUGAUCUAAUUAAUGGCGAUGAAAAGAAUUCUGAAGAAAAGGGAAAAAUUGUGUAUAUUAAGGAAACAGACAAGCUAUUAUACAAUUUUUAUGGAGAUAUUUGGGUUUAUUAUCAUAAUUCAAUACCUGAUAUAUGA